CUGUCUUUCCCUCUGGCAGCUUCUUUGAAAACCAAGAUGAGCCACACUCCAGCUGAGAAGUCCUUGAUGGACAUGGUCGUCCUGUUCCACAAAUACACCAAACCUGAUGACAAGAUUGACAAGCCAGGCCUGCUGAAGAUGCUGAAGGAGAAUUUCCCCAACUUCCUCAAGGCUUGUGAAGAGAAGGGCAAAAAUUACUUGUCCUCUAUCUUUGAGGACUCGGACAAGAAUGCAGAUAAGAAGAUCCAGUUCUCUGAGUUUCUGUCCGUGAUGGGCGGCAUUGCCAACGACUACCACGAGCAGAGCCACGGAGCGCCACCCUGCUCCGGGGGAAGGCAGUGAGCCCAUCCAGCCCAAGGCCACCUGAAACCCCAAGAAAAAUAAAGUGUCUCCUUCACC